GGAUGGAUGGCACUAAACCCACCACUCAAAAGAAAAUAAAUACAAAUAACAUGUGAUUUCUUUCAUCUUGCCAAGAAAUUCGAUUUUGACACAAUUUCGACCACAAUUUAAGUAACCAAUUGGUACAAUUUAAUUUAGUAUCCGGUGAAAACCAUGUCUGCUUGCGUCUUCUGCACCGAGGCGAGUGUCGCCACGACCGCGACGUCCACCACGAUGGAGGCGUUUCCAUUUCUCUGCGCCCAGGUCGGCGUGCCACCGACGGCGACGACGGGGCGGCAAGCUCCGGCCGCGCUGUGUUCGACCUGUCACAAUUUGUGGGAGGAGGCGACCCUGCUCUACUCCAAUAUGCAAGGACUCCUCAACCUCAUGGGAAGAAGGGUGACCUCAAUUAAACAGCGGGUCAGGGAUGCAAAUAUGAAGAAUAAUCAUCAAACGCGACGUCAAGGAAAGCAAGAUCGAACUAGGGCCGCUUCCCCAUCUAGACCAGAGGCAAUGAUGAAUUGGUGGUAUCCACAGCAGCUCCCUGUUACUAAUAAUACACAAAUUGACAACAGCACCAUCGCCAACACAAACGUCGAGUCAAAUACAGACAUAAAAGUAGAAUCUAUCGACGAUAUUGAAGAUUGUCUCGAUCUCGGAGAGGACAUGGAUUUGGAGGACGUCGAAAUUAUGCCGGAUCCAGGUCAUGAGAAUGAAGAUAAUGAUGGUGAUGACGAUGGUGGUGACGAUGACCUGAACGACCCAAAUUAUGACCCGAACGAGGAUGAAGCCACGACAUCGAAGAGCGACGGAGGAAAACCGAAACCGACCCCACGUCAAGCACAACCCGGGCAAGAUUAUCCCCCCGUCGGAACUCUCGUCUCGGCCAGGGGCAGACCUAUGAUUUCGGUGAAUAACUUCCUCUACAACUUUCGAAGUACUUCGACCACGCUGGGAAAAUCGCUGUGGACUUGCGACCAGGCCCACGGGAAAACGAACAGGGCGAGAUGCAUGGUCCGCGUCCAUACCACGGAUGACCCCAUAAAUCCAAAAUAUAUUACCGAAAUGAACACCCAUAAUCACCCUCCCUGUGCUGAGGGCGUCAUUUUGAUAAAGAAAGUGAUGAAUAAAAUACGCACGGCCGCGCUAACAACGACCGACACGCCGCCGCAAAUUACAAAAAUGUUUAAACAAGAGUUGGAAUUCGCGCAUAGAAAAAAUGGGAGGAAAGUAUCAUUGGAAAAUAUCAAAAGAAGUAUUCGUGGCAUGAGAAGUGACGCGGCCGCGGAGGCUACGAUGUCAAGUGAAGAGGUGUAUAUUUAGUGGAGAUAAAUAAGUACUGGCAGUGGCCGCGGAAGCUGUGGGGACAUUAAUUUAAUAUUGUAGGGUAGGGGAGGGGUUUAUAUAACAUCGGCAGAUGAUAGGGACGUCGAAUAACUGUGGGGACAUUGUCCUCAUGCUUCCGCGGCCACUGGCGAACGAAAUAUUCCGUGGUGUAAUUUAUUGUAAUAAUUAAUUAAUAAUAAUUGUGGAUAUUUUUGGCUAAUUACUUUGUAAGCAAAGUAUAUACUAAAUAAAUUGAAUUAUUUAAAUUUUGCACCGAA